CACAACACGACUACACACUACGGUUGUAUCCAGGAUUAAAGCCACAAAACUUGCAUCGAGCGGGAUUUAUUCGUUAGAUCAUUGUGCUUCAAAUUCUGUUUCAAUAUUGGGAUUAGAUUGAUAUAAUAUUAGAAUUCAGUCCUGUCUUCGUUCCAUCAAGUGUAGACUUCCCAAGAUGGCCGCCAACAAGAGCUUCAGCCACUGGGUGGACGUGUUCCACAAGUUUGACAAGGACAAGAGCGGUACAUUGGACGAGGUGGAGCUGAGGGCUCUGAUCAAACAGCUUCACAGCCACCUGUCAGACGGCCAGCUCGCGGAUUUUUUCGUCUUCUUUGACGGGCCCCAAGGUGACAAAAAGAUAACUCUUGAAGAAUUUCUCAACGGCCUCAAGAAAUUGGAGUCAUUCUCUGACGAGAUGUCCAGCCUGUUCAUGAAGUUUGACACGGACGGUGAUGGCUACCUGAACAAAGCGGAGGUACAAGAGCUCCUGGGCAAGCAUGGUCAGCACUUCAAGGGCCGGAGUGUUGAGCAGUUCAUUCAGGAGAUGGACAUUAGCGGGGACGGCAAGAUCUCCCUGGCCGAGUUUAUCAACGCCUGUACCUAGAUGAUGUGUGGGGGUUUCUUUGUGGGGGUGUUUCUUUGUUGGGGGUGUUUCUUAGGGUGUUUCUUUGUGUGGGUGUUUCUUUGGGUGUUUCUUAGGGUGUUUCUUAGGGUGUUUCUUUGUGGGGCGUUUCUUUGUGUGGGUGUUUCUUUGUGUGGCUGUUUUUUUGUGUGGGUGUUUCUUAGGAUGUUUUCUUUGUGUGGGUGUUUCUUUGUGUGGCUGUUUUUUUGUGUGGGUGUUUCUUAGGAUGUUUUCUUUGUGUGGGUGUUUCUUUGUGUGGCUGUUUUUUGUGUGGGUGUUUCUUAUGGUGUUUCUUUGAGUGGGUAUUUCUUUGUGAGUGGGUGUCCGUAUGUAUGUGUGUAUAUGUCCUCACAAUUACGUUCAUCAUUUUGUGUUUUUUGUUAAUGUUUUGAGACAAGCUACCUUGGGUACACUGUAACUUAUGACUUAUUGUAUGGCUAUGAUUUCAUGACUUCAUGACUUAGUGACUUGAGCUAACGUGUCCACUAUGUUAUGAUAUCACAAACAUAUCUUGGCCAGGGAUAGUUUGACAUAAAGUGACCUUAAACUUUUUAAGGUUUUAUUUAUAGUUCUCAGUAAAGUUGCAGUUUGUUGUGCAUAACUAAACAUUUACAAAUAAUAAUGGAAUGAAUAAAAUUGUACACCCAAUAGACAUUUUA